UUGUUCUAAACGAAUGUCCCGUCAUUCACCGCGGUCAUAGUUUUUACCAACACUCAAUAUACACAGACAUUAACACAUCAUCGAAGUGCGAGAUCUGACGGGAGAGCAGCUACGAUGGCUCCACGUAUGGAUGAUGUCAUGCAACUAUGCUGUAACUUGUCUGAAAAUCAGCAGAUAAAAGCAGCAGUGAAGAAUUCUGGGAAAGGAUCAGCAGUGGCAGGAGGGACUGCAUUUUUAGGGGGUCUUCUAGGUGGUCCCCCAGGGAUUGCUGUUGGUGGUGCAGUAGGUGGCCUGUUGGGAUGGUGGAUGACCAGUGGACAGUUCAGACCUCUCCCUCAGAUCAUCAUGGAGCUGCCCCCCCACCAGCAGCAGAGGCUCUAUGCUGAUAUCAUGGCCGUUUUGGGCUCACUGAACUGGACAGACCUGGCCCAGCUGACCGCCCUGGUCAUGGGGAAUGCUACUCUCCAGCAGCAGGUCACUGCUGCCCUACUCCGUUAUAUCACAAAGGAACUGAGAGCAGAGGUGAGAUAUGGGGACUGAUCUACACAGACUGAAUAUCUGGAGAUACUCCUUAGAACACACAUUUGUACUCAAAUUCAACUCCAGCUUAUUUCUGGAGACUGAAAGAACCUUUUAUACUGUAGGUUCACGGAAAGAGGCCUUAUGAGGGUUACAUUGAGACUCAUGUCAGACCUGUCAUGUUACCGAAUAUCUGAUCAUGUCCAUUUAAUAUCCUUUGAUAAAGCGCUUAAAUGACAAUUACGCCACUUUUAAAAAAACGUAAUUUUCAUCUUCUCCAGCACAACACCAGUGUCUACAUAUGUGAAAAUGGCACAUUUCUACAUUUUGUAGAAACAAAUAUGAAGUUAAAAGUUCUACCCAAUGACAUCAUCAAAAGUAAAACGUAUUUAAAAACAGUGAUUUUCAGGCACUAGGAGAUUCACAGUGAUGGGAGGAGCAAGAAAAUACCCUCCCUCUGGCUAGAAACUUGUUGAAAACCACUGUUUUGAAAAUCACUGUUUUGUUACUUUUAAUGCUACCAUGUGAUGUUACAGAGAAGCAUUUGUUUAGCACCUUCUUAUCUUUUUAACCACAGAUCAUAGAAAUGCGCUGUUUUCACAUACUGUAUGUAGACACUGUUAUGGUUUUGGAGAUGAUGAAUAUGAGGUGGAAAAGUGUCGGAAUUGCACUUUAAUGUACACAUUUGUUUUGUUUUAGAUGAGAAAUUGUUAUCUCUGAAUGUUAUCUCUGAAUUAUAUUGUAGUGGAUAAUUUGUUGCUGAUAUUUUGCACUGAAAUGUACACAUUGAAUAUUGUUGGGCAUUUAUAAUUUACAUUAUUUGCAACAAAUGCAAGAUGAUGAAAAAAGGACCCUGAUCACUCCUCUUGUAAGUUUGCCUGGGAUCUCAAGCGAUUCAUGCAAUGUGAAUACUCAAAUGCAAGACAAUGAAAAAAGGACCCUGAUCACUCCUCUUGUAAGUGUGCCUGGGAUCUCAAGUGAUUCAUGCAAUGUGAAUAUUGUAAGAGAUGAGUACUUCUGAGAAACCGGCCUUGAUACUUCUGGCGCAUAAUGGUGAUAAGUCCCACCUAGUCCUAUAAUUAACUAAUUGGGAAAAUCUUGUAGUGCUCUGUACAAAAGUGUUUAUAUGAAAAUCAUGAUAAAUGAAAUAAAGGAUAAAGGUGACUUGUAUGAUCACCA